GCAGUGAAAUCAUAACUGAGUGGGAAAGCCAGAGAGACAAAGCCAGUGAGAGCUAUGCUUCAUAAUGGAGUUGGGACAAGUGGAGGACAAGAGAGCGGUAGUAGUACAAAAGACCAGAAGCAACUUCGUCGACAGGCUGAAGAGCCUCCUGAGUUUUCCAGAUCACAGAUAAAGUCCACAGCAGGCAAUUCAUCUUCAAGAGUCACUCAGUGCAUCAUCACAAAGGGCACCAACGAAAAACCCAACAAGCAACAUCAGCAGUCUAUCCUACAGAGACCAUCAGUUCUCCGCAAGGGCAACCAGACUCUGUCACAUGCUUUGUCCAACCAGACUGGUGUGAGUGACUGUUCCACUGAACUCAUAUUCAAAGAAGAAAUGGACAAUAAACUGCCAGUCAGCUUGUUAACUUAUGAAACAGACUAUCCCAGAAGAGUCAGUGCUUCUGAACCAAGUCCUGUCCAGAGCACAACAGAGCACCAUACAGAUCCUCCAGAGAUCUCUGAAAACCUUUUAUUUAACAAUGGGGUGUGCACCUGGCCAGGCUGCAAGGAAGUGUUCAAGGACUAUAAUCACUUCCUGAAACAUCUCUAUUCGGAGCAUGUCCCUGGGGACAAAACCAUUAACCAAUGGAGAAUGCAGAAAAAUAUGGUCGAAAGCAUGGAGCGUCAGUUGGCUGUGGAAAGACAGAGGCUACAGUCCAUGCACCUGCAUCUGUUUGAUGCUAACCCAAGACCGAAGCAGUCUAGUACUCCUUCAGGAAGCCUGCAGUCCUGUCAGAAUUUGAGCAUUUUACAUGCACAAAACACAACCACAUCUGACAUGCUACCUCCAGGAUAUUGGCAGAUGCCAGCAACGCCAUUCAUACCAGGAAUCGUCCCCAGUAUCGAGUGCUACAAAUACAUGAACAUGAGGCCACCAUUUACUUAUGCCUCCAUGAUAAGAUGGGCAAUUCUUGAAUCUCCUGAAAAACAGCUAACACUGAAUGAAAUCUAUCACUGGUUCACAAGCAAGUUCUUCUACUUCCGUCAUAACACAGCCACAUGGAAGAAUGCAGUCCGGCACAACCUAAGCCUCCAUAAGUGCUUUGUACGAGCUGAUGGAGGGAAAGGCUCUGUUUGGACAGUGGAUGAGGCAGAAUUUCUGAGAAGGAGAGGGCAGAAAUUACACAGGGACCAAGACAUGAGCUGGCUGGCACACUAUUCCAUGUUUUAUUCUUGAAAUGACAUUCUUCAGUGUUAAGUCACAUCUGCAGACAUUCUAUGGAAUGUCAUCAAUACCUCAAAGUGUCUCUUUUAGUAGAUCUCGGAGUAAUUUCUGAUUUUCAUUCAGCUUUAUUCUCUUUGACUCGCCAAUAUGGCUAAACUGUCUGUGAGCGUUUAUGGAGUUUGAUUUAUUUCAUUAGACUUUUGAAUUUAAACACACACACACUCAGAAUUGCCAGGUUUGGUAUUCACCUACUUUUACCUGCAAGUUAUUUUUAAAGCAGUUUUUUUAUGUGAAUAAUUAAUUUAAAAUGUCAAAAAGUUCAGUCACACUUUUAAGUAUGAAAUUCAGUUCCAGAUUUUGCAAACCAUGAAGUUCAAGUUGAGUUCCGAAUUCAAUUUCAGAUGGAAAAAUGCAAAUUAAAAUUGAUAAAUUCAGGUGUGACAGUUUUUUUUUUCAUUUUGUAUGACAUUUCUGAUGUAAGGAGCCCCUAAAGUCCUGAAAAGUGAUUUUUUUUUCUUAAGCUUGUGCGUAGAAGAUUAAAAAAAAAAACUUUAGGGAUUUAGUGGAUCCCUAUACUGAUGGGAUGAUUUUUAACUUAAUAGCUUUUUUUUUCUUAGCUGCAGAAAGAAAUGUUCUACAGAGGCUGAUGCCUAAAAUACUAAAAUGCGUGCAUACAUACAUACAUUCUUGUGAUGUUUCAUUGUAUUUAAAAUGGUCUUAACUGUCCAGUGUUACAAAAUAAAAAUAAC